AUGUCUCACCCUGCAUUGUGGAUUCGGCUUGAGGAUAGUAAUAGGAAAAGAGCCACUCGGUUUCCUAUCGUUGACGGGAUUAUGAGUCACGAUUUGGAUGAUCUUGCGGUGGAGCUCUGUAAAAAGGGACGAUUCCAAACUCUCAAGAUUGACUCAGAAGAUCUUGAGUUUUUUGGUGAUUACGACAAAAGUCAUUAUGACGACAGCAAUAGUGGCAGUGACGACGGUGACGACGGACCUCUUAGAAGUGACAUUCAACUACAACAUCUGAAGACAACUGCUAAAGCUCCUCUGAUCGUCAGAUAUCCUCUGUCCAAUCGCACGAUCAUUGUCAACGUCAAACUGGCGAACGCCCAACAACAAAUUCACGUUGGACAUGAUACUGGGGCAUGGGAAAACCUUAUUCAUGAGACGGAACAGCGCUACUCCACACUCCAAUUGGACAAUACUAAAUUCUACUUUGUUGACCAGGCCACGAAGAAAGUGACUAUCAAUAGUCCAUUUGUCUUUUUCGACGUGGCAAAAAGAACUAAACCUAAAAGCGAAGACGAAAUCGUUCUCGAUUUCAUUGUCAGGAUUGAAGGCAAGAAGGCAUAUGGGGAGUGGUCUAUUAAGGAUGUUCUCCACGAGCUCUUGCAGGAUCAACACAAAUCUAUAAAUGCUAUACCUAAACUUGACAUUGAUGCUACUUUUGGACCAUACGAGGUUGAUCAGGAGCAGGAAAAGUUUCUCAAAGAAAACCUCGGGAAAAUCACUAAGGCGUUUCAUUAUGUCGUAAGCAACAACGAGGCUACCACCCGAAACUAUAUCAACCCAAUUAUAAUUGAGGCAGUCUCGGCAGUUCAAAAAAGUCAUGCUUCGGUGCGCCUGGCGGUUGACGAACAAUUUGACGGCAGCAAGGGCUAUGGCCGGCUCGAUUAUGUGCUUUUCUGUGAGGAGCUGGCUGUUGUAGUUACCGAGGCAAAAAUGAUUGAUGUUCAAAAUAGAAUCGCCCAAAAUAUAGCCCAAUUACAUACAGCUGUAGAGGAAAGUAAGAAGAGAAAGCGCAGUAAUGGCACACCGAUGUGCAAAGCGAUGUACGGGAUAGUUACUACAGCCAAUGAAUGGCGUUUUCUUAAUUGGGAUAUGAGGAGCUCGACGCCGACAGUAUUGCUGUCAAAACCCUACGACUGUUCGUUCACUAAUAACACGGGCGUUUCGGAGGUCUUGUCGGUAAUUAUCCGGAUUCUUCAGUCGCAAGCAAAUGAUAUCGCAGGCCAAUCUGUAGAAGAGGGAGCAGAAACUGAAGAGAGAGAAAGUCAACGUCGCCGCCUGCAUGAAUCAGAAACUGAAUAG